AAAUUCCGCAUGGCGUGGGAAUAUAGGUACCAUGGAGAGCCAUUGAGUCCAAGAAAUUGACUCUAUUGACUUCCUAUUGCUAAUCUAUUUUUCAAAAUAGCCACAUCGUAGAGAUACUUGUAUAUGUGUAUCAAUGAGAAAUUUUCCUAGGGAGUAAUUUGAAGAUAUUUAAUUUGCGGUUGUAAUAAUUCUUUGGAAAAUAAUUUGACUUGUACACACGGCAACAAAAGAAUGAUCUAAAGACAAGCAACAAGUAUCUGAGUAUCCACCACCUCUUGCUGUUCCUGUUCUUGUUCCUGUUCGAUUCCAAACUCUCACUUUCUCUGCCCCCUCGUGUCUGGCUCCCACCUUUGUGUCCACUCAACCAACAACAAUAGUGUAUCUCUUUUCCUCCGUUAAAUAAUUUUAUAUCUCCCCGUUACAUUUUCUUAUUACAACAACAACCAAAAAUAAUUCACCUGAGACUCAACUUUCCUCUAGGUUUUUCGCAUUCAAUAUUUUCUUUCUAUAUUUAUAUAUGGUCGCCGGCGAUGCCAACGGCCGUGAAUGUAGCGAAACAAUGCUUAACGGCAGAAGCAGCUUACGCGUUAGAAGAAGCUGUGAACGUUGCACGUCGAAGAGGACACUCACAAACGACGUCGCUUCACGCAAUCUCAGCUUUACUCUCUCUACCAACCUCAGUUUUACGUGACGCAUGUGCUCGUGUUCGUAACUCUGCUUACUCUCCUCGUCUUCAGUUCAAAGCUUUAGAUCUUUGCUUAAGUGUUUCUUUAGACCGGAUCCAAUCGGGUCAACAACUUGGAUCCGAUGAUUCACCACCUGUUUCAAACUCUCUUAUGGCUGCAAUCAAACGAUCUCAAGCUCAUCAACGUCGUUUACCUGAGAACUUCAGGAUCUAUCAAGAAAUGUCACAGAGUCAGAACUCGAAUUCACUUUCUUGUGUUAAAGUGGAGCUUCGUCAGUUGAUUCUUUCGAUCUUGGAUGAUCCGGUUGUGAGUCGGGUUUUUGGUGAAGCGGGUUUUCGGAGCUCCGAGUUAAAGCUUUCCAUUAUUCGUCCUGUUCCUCAUCUUCUCCGAUAUUCAUCACAACAACCUCUGUUUCUUUGUAACGUAACCGGGAAUCCUGAACCGAAUCCGGUUCGAUGGGGUUUCACCGUACCAAACCGAAAUUUUAACGGAGAUUCGGAUUACCGGAGGAUAAGCGCGGUUUUCAUGAGGGAAAAAGGGAGGAAUCCUCUGCUUGUUGGUGUAUCGGCUUACGGUGUUCUAACCGGUUAUUUAAAUUCGCUUGAGAAAAACCGAACCGACGGGAUGAUUCUACCGACGAAGCUUCACGGUCUAACCGCGGUUGACAUCGGUUCAGAAAUCUCCGAUCAAAUCAUCGUCAAAUUCGAUAAAACCUACACCGACACUAGGUUUCAUGAUCUAGGGAAGCUUGCGGAGCAAGGUUCAGGACCUGGACUAAUCCUGAACUACGGUGAUCUGAGAGUUUUCACUGAUGGGGAAGGAAACGUACCGGCGGCGAAUUACAUCGUAAAUCGAGUUUCGGAGCUGUUACGGCGACACGGGAGAAGAGUGUGGUUGAUCGGAGCAACGACGAGCAACGACGUUUAUGAGAAGAUGUUGAGGAAGUUUCCGAAUGUGGAGAAAGAUUGGGAUUUGCAGUUACUCACCAUCACUUCUCUUAAGCCUUGUUUGCCUCACCACAAGUCCAGUUUGAUAGGAUCAUUUGUUCCAUUUGGUGGAUUCUUCUCAACAACUCCUUCUGACCUGAAACUACCCUUCUCCGGUUUCAACAAGGAAAUCACUGGACCGGUUUCGUCAAUCUCCGAUCAGACCCAAUCUACCUUGCCACCUUGGUUACAGAUGACCACAAGAGCUGAUUUAAACCAAAAAUCUGGUGUCAAGACCAAAGAAGGGUUGGAAUCAGUUUGUGGAGAUAAGUCCACGAGCAGUGCUUCUGCAUCGACCGGUUCAGCUAAAUCUGUCACUACUGAUCUGAAUCUAAGGAUAUGUUCAGUCACUGCAGGAUCCGGUCUCAAGAAGCAUUUGGAUAGCAAAGAUUUUUCUCAGCCACAAUCUGUGUCCUCCUAUUGCUUGGAUAAUCCAAGGGACCUCAGCGCAGAGAGCUUCAAGAUUAUUUACAGAAGAUUAACCGAUAGGGUUUCAGGGCAAGAUGAGGCUGCUAGAGUAAUCAGCUGCGCAUUGUCACAACCGCCUAAGAUUGUCACUCGAAGAGAUGUUUGGCUCAAUUUGGUUGGGCCUGAUACUGUAGGAAAGAGGAGAAUGUCGCUUGUCCUUGCUGAGAUUGUGUAUCAAAGCGAACACAGAUAUAUGGCCGUUGAUCUUGGUGCCGCGGAGCAUGGAAUGGACGGUUGUGAUGAUGCGAUGCGGUUGAGAGGAAAGACGAUGGUGGAUCAUAUCUUUGAAGUGAUGUGUAGGAAUCCUUUCUGUGUGGUUUUCCUUGAGAACAUUGAAAAAGCGGACGAGAAGCUGCAGAUAAGCUUGUCAAAGGCAAUCGAGACCGGCAAGUUUAUGGAUUCUCACGGGAGAGAAGUCGGUAUCGGCAACACUAUGUUUGUUAUGACAUCAUCUUCACCAGAAGAUUCCGGAAUAAGAACAUCUUAUUCUGAAGAGAAACUAUUGAGAGCCAAAGGAAGGCAAGUGGAGAUAUGGAUUGAAACUGUACCUAGUUUACCAAUGGUGCGAUCAGUUUAUGGCCCAACCUCGGUGAACAAGAGGAAGCUGAUGGGAUUAGGGAAACUUCAGGAGACGAAAGAUACUGUGGAGACCGUAAAACGGUGGAACAGAACAACUAAUGGAGUUCUUGAUCUGAACCUUCCGGCUCAAGAAACCGAAAUCGAGGAAAAAGAUCAUUGUGAAGAGAACUCAAACGUUUGGUUAAUGAACUUGAAGAAUCACGAACGUCUCAUUGAGGUUCCUUUCAAGCCUUUUGAUUUUGAAGGACUAGCUGAAAAAAUCAAAAAGAGCGUAAAAGAAAUUUUCGACAAAUGCGUGAGAUCGGAUUGCUUGCUGGAGGUUGACCCAAAGAUCAUAGAACGAUUGCUAGCGGCUGUUUAUUUCUCAGAUAGUAGAAAAGAUAUCAAAGAGUUGAUGGAGAAAAUAAUGAGUCGAGUGUUCUUGAAAAUUAAGGAAAGGUAUGAAAUCACUACUAGUUGUGUAGUAAAAUUAGUUGGUCGAGAUCUUGACAUUUUUCUUGAGGAUCAAAUGGACUUGUUCUUUGUAAAAUCUCAGUAGGUUAAAGAGAGCUUUAUAUGGAAAGUGUAUCAUAUAAGGUAGAGUUAGUAAUAGGUAUUAUUGUUCUUUUGUGUUGCUAUACUAUUAUAAUGUGUUGUUCAUGAAGUUGUGAGUGGAUAUUUCUCCUUGUUUAUUUGUAUAAGCUUAUGUAAAUGAAUAGUUAUUUACAUUUUAUUUUA